CCAGUGCAGUACCGAUACAUUCCUCUGAGCAGCGGAAUUGAAAGGUCGCCGCGACGACACUGCUGGUAUACAGCAAAUACAUGAUCUUCUGAGACAUGCUGUUGAUGCUCGGCUGGCACUCUCCUCGUAUCCCGUGGCACGUCAGAAGAAGAAAAGGAGGAGGAAGACACAUCCAUAAGCCGACAGUAUGAACACCACCCCUCGAGGCCCCCGCCAUACGACACCCCAAAUCGCAGCCAACAGCCCGUUCGCUCGUAACAAUGCCACAACCUCGACCGGACCACGUUCGCCCAUCAAGGUCGGCACCCGCGAUCGUCAAGAGCUGGGAUUAAGUCUUAAACGAGUCAUUGGAACCACCUGUCAGAGCGUUUUCUGCUUUGAUCAUCUGGCCUCGACCCGAAGCUUCGCCUAUACCGCUGGUGCCGCUGCUGUUGUAGCCUCAGUGGGCCAUGAUGGGAAGAUUUCACAACGCUUCUUCAGGGCGAAUCCUGCGCAGCCUUCUCAGAGGUCUCACUUCCAACCGAUUGUAUCAGCCUCACCCGCCGAUCCGAGGCUUCGCUCUCCUCUGCCACCACCCGAUCGCUCUGAGUGGAACGACUCACCGACCGGCAACAAGAACGGUGCAGUACGCGAACGUGUCAAGGCUGCUACCGCCGUAAGCUUCAGCCCGAACGGUCGCUUCCUCGCCGUGGGAGAGACGGGCUACAAGCCGCGUGUUCUGGUCUUCUCGCUCGCAGACAAAUCUUUCGCUGAUUUACCUGUCGCUUCCAUAUCUGAGCAUACUUUUGGUGUCCAAUCCGUGAGCUUCGCCCCAGACUCCAAGUAUCUUGCCUCCCUCGGCACUGUGAACGAUGGCUUCCUCUACGUAUGGAGCAUUGACGAAAGAGGAGGUAGUCCCACCUUAAUCGCCAGCAACAAAUGCACCACUAGCGUAAGACAUAUGGGGUGGAUGGGUUGCAGUCUGGUUACGGUAGGAUUGAGAUUCAUCAAGGUCUGGAGACCGAAUGACCUCCCAGCGAGCGUCAACGAGAACUCGGAACGAGGCUAUGGGCUGUAUAACCGCCAGCACAAGCCGUUGGCCGGUCGUAAUACCCUUCUGGGCGAUCUACUCGACGCUACUUUCACCUGCGUUGCUCCAUUCUCCGAAACAAAGGCCGUUAUUUGCACCGAUGGUGGAGACGUCUGCAUUUUGGAUGAUGACGAGAAGAACCAGAGGUUGAUCAGAGUCACAAACGUGGACUUCAGUAUUACUGCUGCGUGUAUCGGACCCGACUCUCAGGUUAUCAUCACUGGACUGGAUGGCAGUAUUGAGGUCUUUGACCUAGACGAGCUCAACAGAAGCUUUGUGUUGCCAAAUACGCCAGCGGGGUCCAAAAACCUGACACGACCGUCGACUCCAGGCUAUGUUGCCGUUGGCUCGGUCGGCGAUGCUGUUGUGACUGUAGACAACAGUCACGGCAUUCAAUUACGGCACAUCGCCCCUAAAUCACGCGAUGAGGAAUCAGAUCAAGCUGUAAUCCAGAAACUCCCAGCACACUCUGAUGCCGUCCUAGGAGUCCGUGCGAUUACUGCACCAAAUGAGCAAGACAUCGCUUUCAUCAGCUGGUCUGCAAAUGGCACUGUUAUAUUCUGGUCUUCAGAAUGUGAGGCAAAGGCAAUGGUCUUUAUCCCUAUGGACCAACAUGUUGACAUGUAUAAUGUUGUCAAUGAGCUCAAGACCGUGGUAGCGUUCUCGGAUGUCUCGCAUGCGGUUAGUGGGGACAAAUAUGGCGUUUUGAGAGUUUCGAACGUCGACACCGGAGAAGACGUUUCGCGUGUCAGAGCUCAUGCAGGGGAAGUUACCGACAUAGCCAUCCAUGAAAGCGUAGCGUACACCCUCAUAGCUUCAAGCAGCAGAGAUCGUACCAUACAACUUCUGGCAUGGAACUCGGGUCGGCUUGACCUGCUACAAACGCUUGACGAACACGCUGGCUCGGUCACCUCUGUCAUGUUUGCAAAGGACGGCGAACAAUUGCUAUCUUGCUCUGCAGACCGGACUGUAGUGGUUCGAGGAGCUGCGAGACAGCACGAUCAAGCCCCUCCGCUAUUUGUUAUCACAAGAACAAUCACACUCAAGAGUUCACCAACGUGCUUGCGGAUGUCGCUUUUUGAAGACACACUCUUGAUAUCUGCUAUGGAUCGAACAAUUCAGCUCGUGGGCACAAGGUACGGUCGUGUCAUCUCUUGCUUCAAAGCCAGCGACACCGAUGGUGGAGACGCUGUGAUCAUGUCAAGCCUUGUUCAUCUGCCCUCAACUACAGGAUCGCCAAUCAUCGCGGGCGUGGCUAGCAGCGACAAAUCAGUCCGCAUGUAUUCGGAAGACGGUACUCUGCUCGCACGCGACUGGGGACAUACAGAAGGUGUUACUGAUAUCGCAUUACUCAAGUCACAUACCGCCCCUGAUGAUUUAGCAGCGAUGAAGCUCGUUACGGUCGCCGCGGAUGGCACAAUCUUCAUAUGGGCGACAGUGCCCGAGAGACCCAGAUCAAGGGAUUCCUCCGAUGCAGCGCCUUCGUUUGCAAGUAUGGCACCAGGAAUUGUGUCCGCAGAGCAACCACUACGAAAAGUCAUUUCUCACAGCGAGCUUGCCAGAUUCCAGCGAGCCAAAUCCAGCGAAACGGAAAACACAGAGUUGUUAUCUGCAUCACCCAGCACACGGGAAACGACAACAGGGGGGCUGAAGAAGAAGCCUAGCAGACUGAGCAUCAGACCACCACGGUUAGAGCCAUCACCACUCGGGACUCUGCGCAAUGGUCUGACAGCAAAAAGCAGACAGAGAAGCCCGAGUCCAACACCUCCGAGUCCAAGACUACCGCCUAGCCCACGAACACACCCACGAAGUGCACCCGGGCGGCAUCGUCUUUCUGUCGGAGCAGUGCCACCUAUUCUCGCGACCUCAUCGACGGAAAAGACCACCACCAAAGACAGCAAAACGGAAACUACUACGACAGGGUUUGGAAGCAUUGCGGCAUCUACGGAACAACUAUCACGCAUGUUGCGCGCAUACAGACAGAAGCUUGACGGAAACUGCACCGGCCUGACAGGAGAAAGGCUGAGAGAAUUGGAAAAAGAAUUGGACGCAACAGUCCAGAUAGUUCAGCAGAAGUUGGCAGGAAAAGACAGAAAGGGGUCGCAGGAUACGAGUGCGGCGGAGGAUAGCGGUACGUCGAGAACAGCGUCAUCCUCACAGGACGCUUCAUUCAUAUCCGCAGAGACGAGAUUAAAUGAUGAAGCUGUUGGUGGCGCCGAGGUGACGUCGUCAUGAUAGACAAACUCCAAGAUUAAUCACUAUUCAGCCAUGAUUCUUCUGCCUGGAAGUUGAAACAUACCUUCUAUAUAUCUUUCAUCCCUACUGUGUUCUCCUUUCUUUUGAUUUCACGGUCGUCUUGUUUUCCUCAUUGGUUGCUCUGGGGCUCGGG